AUGGAUAGACAUGCAGAAGAGAAAGAGCUUCGGGAGAGCUAUUACAUCCACUGCCGCAACAGGGGCUACACCAUCGACGAAGCCUCUGAGCGCAGCCUCAAAUACGUCCAGCGUGUUCUCAACGCAGAUUCAAUCAUCUCGAAAAGAUACCUAGAAGAGCUAUAUCAAGCGAGUAGAGCGCACCAUAGGUACUCAUCGUCUCCACUCUCGUAUGAUGACGACCCGCCGAUGCAUAGCUCACGGAGAGCCAGAGAUGGCGGUGGAUACGAUGCUUUUAGUGGGUUCUCCGGUAUGAUGUGGAGUCUUCUUGACGACAAUGACAGCAUAUUUGCAGAGAUGCGAACGCAAGCUGAAGAAGAUUGGAGCAUACCAAGUGUACCUGAAUAUCGCGCUCCUCAGUACAUCCCCUCUCAUUACAACUACCAGAAUUACGACCGGGAGCCACAAUGGCAACACGCGGAGGAUCGGAAUUUGUACACCGUGCUUGGUGUUGGUCGAACUGCCACAGCCGCUGAUGUCAAGAAAGCGCACCGUGCUAUGAGUUUGAAGUGGCAUCCUGAUCGCUGUCGGGGACCCGAUAAGAAGAAAGCUACUGAGAAGAUGGCGGAGAUUAACCAAGCGAACGAUGUAUUGCGUGAUGAGGUCAAGAGGACGUUUUAUGAUAGAUGGGGGGUGUUGCCUAGUGAGGUGUAG